GAAUGGCCCCCAGGGACAGUGCGGAGCCUCUGCCUCCGCUCUCUCCACAGGCCAGGGUCUGGCCUGGAAAGAUGGUAGCUAUGGGUGCCCUGGCAGGCUUCUGGGUCCUCAGCCUGAUCACCUAUGGCUACCUGUGCUGGGGCCGGGACUUAGAAGAGGAGGGGUCCCUAAGGGCUCAAGUUGAAGAGAGACCUGAAGCAGGCACAGCAGUCACCUCCCAGCCCCAUCUCAUUUUCAUACUAGCUGAUGAUCAGGGAUUUAGAGAUGUGGGUUACCACGGAUCUGAGAUAAAGACUCCCACUCUUGACAAACUCGCUGCGGAAGGAGUUAAGCUAGAGAACUACUAUGUCCAGCCUAUUUGCACGCCGUCCAGGAGUCAGUUUAUAACCGGAAAGUAUCAGAUACACACAGGACUUCAGCAUUCUAUCAUUAGACCCACCCAACCCAACUGUCUACCUCUGGACAACGCAACCCUACCUCAGAAGCUGAAGGAGGUCGGCUACUCAACCCACAUGGUUGGGAAGUGGCACCUGGGAUUUUACAGAAGAGACUGCAUGCCUACCAAGAGAGGGUUUGACACCUUUUUUGGCUCCCUUUUGGGAAGUGGCGAUUAUUACACACACUACAAAUGUGACAGUCCUGGGGUGUGUGGCUAUGACUUGUAUGAAAACGACAAUGCCGCUUGGGACUACGACAAUGGCAUCUACUCAACACAGAUGUACACUCAGAGAGUGCAGCAAAUCUUAGCCUCCCAUGACCCCACAAAGCCUCUGUUUUUAUACGUUGCUUACCAAGCUGUCCACUCACCACUGCAAGCCCCCGGCAGGUACUUUGAACACUAUCGAUCCAUUAUCAACAUAAACAGGAGGAGGUAUGCGGCCAUGCUCUCCUGCCUGGAUGAAGCGAUCCACAAUGUGACCCUGGCUCUAAAGAGGUAUGGUUUCUAUAACAAUAGCAUUAUCAUUUACUCCUCAGAUAAUGGCGGGCAGCCCACAGCAGGAGGAAGUAACUGGCCUCUCAGAGGCAGCAAAGGAACAUAUUGGGAAGGAGGCAUCCGGGCAGUCGGCUUUGUGCACAGCCCACUUCUAAAAAACAAGGGAACGGUGUGUAAGGAGCUUGUGCACAUCACCGAUUGGUACCCGACCUUGAUUUCACUGGCUGAAGGACAGAUUGAUGAAGACAUUCAGCUAGAUGGAUACGAUAUCUGGGAGACCAUAAGCGAAGGUCUUCGUUCACCCCGAGUGGAUAUUUUGCACAACAUUGACCCCAUCUAUACCAAGGCGAAAAAUGGUUCCUGGGCAGCAGGCUAUGGAAUCUGGAACACCGCGAUCCAGUCGGCCAUCCGGGUGCAGCACUGGAAACUGCUCACAGGAAAUCCUGGCUACAGUGACUGGGUCCCCCCUCAGGCUUUCAGCAAUCUGGGCCCAAACCGGUGGCACAAUGAGAGGAUUACCUUGUCAACUGGCAAGAGUAUCUGGCUUUUCAACAUCACAGCUGAUCCAUAUGAGAGGGUGGACCUAUCCAGCAGAUACCCAGGCAUCGUGAAGAAGCUGCUUCGGAGACUGUCACAGUUCAACAAGACGGCGGUGCCUGUCAGGUACCCCCCGAAGGAUCCCAGAAGCAACCCUAGGCUCAACGGAGGAGUCUGGGGUCCGUGGUAUAAAGAGGAAAACAAGAAAAAGAAGACAAACAAAACCAAGGCUAAAAAAUUGCAAAAGAAAAGUAAGGCUAGGACGAGGAAGCAGAGGGCAGCUCGCUCCUCAACAAAAUGCCACCCAAGAGUUACCACUGGCUAAAUGCUUUGGUUAAACUUAUAUUGCCUGGUUUCUAGGUAAUUCAGAGAAUUUGGCUCAGACGUACCUCAGCCAAGCGCCUCGGGCUUGUUUUCACAUUGCUCUGUGCCAGAGACUUCUGGCACCUGGCUGCCACGUGGACAAAACUACCCUCCUGGGUGCCAAAGGCUAUGCUUCUGCAGGCCACACAAGGAGGAGAAAGCGGCUACUUAUUUAUCCCUAGUCUGUGUAAACCGUGACGAAUCAUGAGUCAGUUGACCAAACAAAAUGCUUUGAAUCCCUUGAAUCACGAGAGGGACUGUG